GCGUCAAUGACAUGGCGUAGAUGCUUCCAUGCAUCGCGUCGCUCUGCUGCGGGCAUCUUGACAACCUUCAUUGAGGCGGGUGCUGGGUACCUCCAGCAAAUCCCCGCCCUGCGUGCUCGCCUGGCAUGAUCUCUGACAGUUUGGACUUUUCUUCCUGCUGUCAGGACAACCACAACUCCACGCACUAGCGUAUGACAACCCAUCCAAGCUUCCAUCCUCCUCGAUGCAGCAACACACACGAUGCACUAGCGGGAGGGGUGGCCAGACCGGACAGAGCAUCAAGGCAUACGUACAGCCGUUGCUGGAGUCUGGACUCUGGACCCCAUAGCUAGGAAGCUAUCCGGAUUUCUGGGUAAAAGCAGACUCCGAGCCGCCAUGUUAGACUAACAUCAUGAUAGGUAGGAUGUCAUAUUUAAACCUGUCUCCGUUCCCUUCAUCUUUUCCUCCCUCGUAGUUCUCCUCUUCCAGUCUUGUCUUUCCGUCCAACUUCUGUCCUCGGUCACCUCCGUCAACAACACCACAGAGAUAGUACCCCUUGUCCCCUGAUCGCCACCAAACAAAUCUUGAACAUGGCUACCGACGGCAAGUCUAACCUCUCCUUCGUCCUUAACAAGCCCCUCGACGUCUGCUUCCAGGACAAGCCCGUCCCCAAGAUCAACUCCCCCCAUGACGUACUCGUCGCCGUCAACUACACCGGCAUCUGCGGCUCCGAUGUCCACUACUGGCUCCAUGGCGCUAUCGGCCACUUUGUUGUGAAGGACCCCAUGGUUCUCGGCCACGAGUCCGCCGGUACUAUUGUUGCCGUCGGCGAUGCCGUCAAGACUCUUUCCGUCGGCGACCGUGUCGCCCUCGAGCCCGGCUACCCCUGCCGCCGCUGCGUCCACUGCCUUUCCGGCCACUACAACCUCUGCCCCGAAAUGCGGUUCGCCGCCACCCCUCCUUACGACGGCACCCUGACCGGCUUCUGGACCGCCCCCGCCGACUUCUGCUACAAGCUCCCCGAGACCGUCUCGCUCCAGGAGGGUGCCCUGAUCGAGCCCCUCGCUGUCGCCGUCCACAUCACCAAGCAGGCCAAGAUCCAGCCCGGUCAGACCGUGGUCGUUAUGGGCGCCGGCCCCGUCGGCCUCCUCUGCGCCGCCGUUGCCAAGGCCUACGGCGCCUCCAAGGUUGUCUCGGUCGACAUUGUCCCCUCCAAGCUCGAGUUCGCCAAGUCGUUCGCCGCCACCCACACCUACCUCUCGCAGCGCGUGUCGCCCGAGGAGAACGCGCGCAACAUCAUCGCGGCCGCCGACCUUGGCGAGGGUGCCGAUGCCGUCAUUGACGCCAGCGGCGCUGAGCCCUCCAUCCAGGCGGCACUCCACGUCGUCCGUCAGGGCGGCCACUACGUCCAGGGCGGUAUGGGCAAGGACAACAUCACCUUCCCCAUUAUGGCGCUCUGCAUCAAGGAGGUCACGGCUAGCGGCUCGUUCCGCUACGGCAGCGGUGACUACAGGCUGGCUAUUCAGCUUGUUGAGCAGGGCAAGGUUGAUGUCAAGAAGCUCGUCAACGGCGUUGUUCCCUUCAAGAAUGCCGAGGAGGCUUUCAAGAAGGUCAAGGAGGGUGAGGUUAUCAAGAUCCUCAUUGCUGGCCCUAACGAGGAUGUCGAGGGUAGUCUUGAUACUACUGUUGAUGAGAAGAAGCUGAAUGAGGCCAAGGCUUGCGGUGGUUCUGGCUGCUGCUAAGUGCUGGGGCGGAUGUGAAGACAAAAAAGGAAAGGAAAAUAUCGGAUUGUAACUCUUGCUCCUUCUUACUUUUUCUUUGGUUUUGGCGAUGGCGUUUAGGUUUGGGUCAUUCUUUGUAUAUAUACGUAGGCAUAUAGUCUGAAAGCAAGUCUAUGUGAUUGAGAUGACUUCAUGCACUUCCUCUUCUACAUUGAAGUUGACCACCGUGAAAUGUAUCUAGGUAUCAUCCACCUCUUUGAAUAUAUUUCUUUUCGCGCUUUGUGCCCUUCAUAACAUCCCCAAAUAUCUAGCCUCGAGCUUCGUCUCCUUGGUGGCCCCCUUGACCCCAAUCCUCACCACCUCGUUCGGCACAAUAUCAACCAAAUUAUCCUCAAACACCACCGAAUCAUCCUCCGUCUCCACCACCAGACCCUUGAUCGGCACCUCGGCGCUGAUUUCCACCGCCGUGCCAUCCUCCGACAGCACCACCUUAAGCUCCUUCGGCUUCUGCAGAUGCAGAUACUUGAGCGGUUCAGGCCAGUUCACAUACCUAGCAAUCUGUUUGCCAUCGCGAUCAAACAAGUACGCCGCCACAACCGUGCGCUUCUCCUGGUUUUUUCCACCGCCCGCGAUAAUGGGCACCUCCCUGGCGUCAAUCUCCGUCGACCUGUUCUCCGGGAGGGUGACCCGCUCGACAACCAUCUCGUUGAACGUCUGCUCGCCUGUCUCGACGUCCCACGCCUUCACAAGACAAUCGACCUCGAGGUCCUCGAGCGUCAGGUUACUUGCCCACACCUCCACCUUGGUGCUCACAUCCACAUUCACGCGCGUGUACCGAUCCCUGGGGUGGCGGUGCUCCGUCCUGGUGAUACCAAUGCUCACGGGCGCCAUCUCCCUCUUGACCGUGAAAUAGGCCAUCUUGGGUCGCAGAUAAUAGUCGGCAAUGCUCCAGCUCGUGACCGGCCAGCAGUCGUUGAUCUGCCAUACCAGCGCGCCGCCGCAGUACUCCCUGCCGGGGCCCUUCCACUGCCGCUUCCAGAGCCGGUAGGCUGAGGCCAGACACUCGCCCUGCAUGAGCUGGGUGGCAUACACAAACUGCUCGAGCGGGUCAGGCCCGUAGCGCAUGUUUUCCACCAGGUAGAGCGCGAUGCGCCGCUCAUGCCCGUCGGCUUUGUUGUGGAAGUCUACUGUGGAGGAUUGAGGGUACCGAUCGGGAUCGCUCUUGCCGAGGGGCAGGUAGGCGUCAAUGGUCUUGACGUUGGGGAAGGCUUGCAUGCCGAACUCGGACACGAAGCGGCCGCCGAGCUUGUCAAAGUUUUGCCAUUUCUCUUGGGUGCCGUGCCACACGUUCCAUUGGUGGAUGUCGCCCACGGUAGGGUCGUGUGUGUCGACGCCGUCGCCCCAGGGUGAGCCCGGGUGGUAGUAAGUGGAUGGGAUAAGCUCGGAGCAGACAUUGGGGAGGAUCUUCUCGUAGAUGUAGCGGGCGGGGAAGUCGGUCUUGAGCCAGUUGUCGGCGUUCUUGUCCUCGUACUUGUAGGUGAGGUUGACGCUUUCCUGGUACUGGUAGUCUUCGUUGUUUCCGGCCCAGAUGACGAUGGAAGGGUGGUGACGCAGAAGCUUGACGUUCUCGUAGGCUUCGCGCUUGAUGGACUCGAGAAGGGCAGGCCAGGCAGGGUAAUUGCCGCAGCCGAACAUGAAGUCUUGCCAUACGAGAAUGCCGAGCUCGUCGCAGGCGUCGUAGAAGGCUUGCUCUUCGUAGAUACCGCCGCCCCAGACGCGGAUCAUGAACUGGUUGCCGUCGGCCACAAGCUUGAUCCAGUCGUGAUAUCUCUCCUUGGUGAUCCGAGGGAUGAAGUUGUCGGCAGGAAUCCAGUCGCUGCCACCGCAGUAAAGGGGUAUGUUGUUGACUUGGAAGAAGAAGCUUUUGCCGGGCUGGCCCUUAAGUGGUCGCUGGAUGAGCUCAGCUCUGCGCAACCCGACCCUCUUCUCGACUUCGUCUUCCUCGCUAUCACCGGAAACAAGAGUAGC